AUUAAAGUACUCCAAUGCAUGCUACUCCCUCUCCUCAUAAUUGCUUCCUUUCAUUUUCUACUCGUAUUUCUCUAUCUUCCUGAACUGCUUCCUUUCAUUUUCUAUUUCUCUCUCUCUGUUCAAGAAACUCAAUCUCUUGUGGUUUAAUUCUUCAAAUUUAAUUCCUUUUAUUUUAUUCCCUUUAAAACGAGAUAAAUUUUAGGUUUUUUGCCCAGAAAAUUCGAAAUACCCUUUGUCUCUGUGGUUUAAUGGCUUCUUAUUACAGAGAUCAUCCUUUAAUAACGGAUGGUAAUUGUGAAUGGGGUUCUCAGUGUUAAUGUUCUUUGAAUGGUAGGCGACAUUCUUAUUCCAUUGAUCUUCUUAGAAGAACUGUAUCUUCUGUUGAGAUGAAAACAAGAUUUUAAAAGAAAUUGAAGAUGAUGCUACUUAUACCCUUGUUGAAGUAGAAGAAGAUCUUCAUUCAAAAAAGUCCCCUAUUAAUUUGGUUGUUCCUAAAACACCACAAGAUCCUAAGAAGAACAAGUCUUCUAGACGAAUUUGCAAAAAAAUUGCUUCUUCUAGCAAACAUGAAAAUGGGGUAAAUCUAAAACCUAAAUCAAAUAUACUUAAACCCAAGGUGAGGUUGGCUGAUUUAUUUAAACGUCUGUAAAGAUUGACUAUUGCUGUUUGAUUUUUUUUUGGGUGAUGUUGUUGGAAAUUGGCUGGUUGUUGCUGGAAAACUAUUGUGUUGGUGUUUAUAAAAUGCAGUACCAUUGUGCAUGUAUGGGUUGAUUCUUAAUUUUAAGUUUUUGAUAUCUUAUUUCUUCGACAAAUUUAGUAUUGUUGGGUUUUUGUGUUGGAUAUGUUGAUCAGUUUUGUUAUGAUAAGCGAAUGUCGAUCUUGGAUUUUUAAGUUACAUGAGAUGAAACUGUCGAUGAAGAGUCUUUAACAAUGAGAAGAUAGACAAAUGAGACUAAUUACGAAUUGUUGCCAUUGUGUUUAAGUAUGAGCUUAACACUUUCGGGUAGCUCGUAAUGUAGCUUUUGUUUAUCAUUCGAUGAUUGGGGACUAACUGAGACAAUCAUGAUUGGGGAUCAUUUGCAAUGAGUGACAAUGGUGGGGGACCGUUGAGGUCUAAAAGAGGCUCUAAGUCCCCUAUUACUUAAUUGUGUAAAGCUUCUACUUCCAUUAAGACAUCAUUUUCCCCAUCAGAAUCACCAUAAAAUGCUGCACUAUUUUCAGAUUCAUAAUCUGAAAAAUCAUCCAUUAUGAAACAAAAGAGUAAAAAGCCAAAACUGAAGCCUGUGUUAAUUGAGUAUUGCUGCUGAUUAUUGAUGUAAGUAUCCUGUUGCUGCUGAUAUUGUAAAAGCUUCAAGAGACUAUUUCAAGAUACAAAUGCUGAUAUUGAAGUUUAACAUUCUGAUUUUGUAUAAAUUUUAAGUUACUGUUGAUGUAUUUGGGGAUAAUUUUGCUUUGUGAUUUUGAUUGUAUUUAUAGUGUAAGUAUGGGUUCAUAUUUAAUUUAAGCUUAAUCCAUGUAUAUGUAUAUUUGUCUUCUUUUUGUUCAUACAAGAAUUAGUUUAUUUUUGUCCACUUUGUUGUUGCCUUGUUGGCUCCAUUUUCAUACUAGAGAGUUUGGGUUUUCAUUUUUUAAGAUAGCUUCUUGUUCAUGAUAUAAUGCUGAUUUAGGUUUAAAUAGUCUAGUAAAAAUAAUUAAAAUAUUUAUUUUGUACUUAAAAGUACUAGUCACUUUUAUAAAGAUAUUUAAUAUUUAACAAGAUAUUUUAGAUUUUAAAAUUAAUACUUUAAAAUUACACAUACUUUGUUUAAAAAGACACUUUAAACCUGUUUCAAGACGGUCUUAUAUAUGAGUUACUUGAAUAAUACUCCUUAUUUUUGAGAACUACUUCUAUAAGUUGAGCUAGUGGUUAAAUAUUCUUACACAACUUUGUCAUAAGAAUUUCAUACUUUGUGCCUUUGUCCCUAUCCCAAAACUUACAAAUGUUAAUUUUAUAUUUAACAAAAAAUCGUGGACUAGUGGGCCACCAUGUCUACAUAACUACUCGUUUCUUUAGAAUAUUAGCAAAGAAAAAACACAAAUUUUUGUGAGAGAUGGUCUUUUUUAAAGAGAACUCUAUUUUGGUGAGUCUAUUAUUAUUUUUUAAUUUAAUUAAGUUUUAAUGGGUUGGGUUUGAAAUACAUCUUUAAAAAAAUCGAUCUCUUAGGAGACUGGCAGGGAAGAAAAUAAUUUUUUUAAAGAAAAAUAAAUAUUUAAUAAUAAAUAAAAAGAAAAUAAAUUAUAUGGAUAAAUUUUUUUAAAAUUAAAAUACAUAAAUAAAAUUAAAAAAAAAUUUAUUAUCAAAAUAUAUAAAUAAGUAAAAUUAAAAUAAUGCUAAAUUUGAGAGACUACAUGACUACAUAAGACAUGCAGGGUACAUAAGUGCAGACCUGGUUAGUAAGUUUUUCGUGCCCUCAACAUUCUUUAGAAUGAAUCAGAGUAUCUUUGAUUUAUUCCUCUCGAAUAAUGUUUUAUAUUCAAACACUUAUUUAAAGAAACAAAAUUUAUAUGUAUAAUUGUAUUCAUAAAAAUAUUUUUCAAUUUCUUGCUUAAAUUAGUUUUAUUAGGAUUAUUAUUUAAAAAUGUAAUCUUAUCUGACGAAAUAAUUUUAUUAAGGGAAGAGAAAAAUCAAUCCUAAUUUAAGAAAAGAAAACGAAAAUGGAGCAAAAAAAUCCGGAAAUACAGAUUGAAAAUUAACAAAGAGGAAUUGGGGUAAUCCAUUUUUUUCUCUGUCAUCCUUGUCUGUAUUGGUUGCUAAUUUGUUCCAGACUUAGAUCCCAGUUCAUGGAACGUACCCCUGUACCUGUACCUGCACCUGCUCCUGCUCCUGCUCCUACUCCUACUCUUCGCAGAAGCACUGAAAUCAGUGAUACCUCAGAAGUUGUGGUGAGGAAUGUAUUUCGUCGGUUCAGAAGAAAAUCUGGUCUCUCGGAUCCAUUUUCAACUCACUAUUUUCCACCGUUAGACAUAGAAGCACUUGAGAUGACAGAAACAUCAGCAGAUGAGCAUUCACUGAGAGAGGAAUCGGAGGAUAAUUCAGAGUCUGAUAACGUGAGCACGUCAGACUCGGAACAACAUUCUGGGGGACAAAGUUUUCACUGGCGGGGAUUCAUGCACAUGUUGAAGAAGGGGCCUAAGCGUUUUCAGCCUUUUCAACCUUUGACUUUGCCUAAGCUGACUAGGAGAAAAAGUAGGAGUGCAAGGAAUAGUAUGAUCCCUGUCAUACCUUCUCUUGAAAGUGGAAUGUCUUUGUUCAAGCCUUCUUGGAAAAAUUUCUCCCUCAAAGAGCUUCAUGAGGCAACAAACACUUUUAAUAAAGAAAACAAAAUUGGUGAAGGAGGUUAUGCCGAGGUUUACAAGGGAGUUAUUCCAGAUGGACGUCUCAUAGCUGUUAAACGUCUGUCCAAGGGAGACACCGAAGAGCUGGCAGCAGACUUCUUAUCUGAACUUGGGAUAAUAGUGCAUGUCAAUCAUCCGAACAUCGCAAAAGUUAUUGGUUAUGGUGUGGAGGGAGGAAUGCACCUCGUUCUCGAUUUAUCUCCGAAUGGAAGCUUAGAAUCUGUACUUCGCGGGUCGAGGGCAAAACUCAGCUGGGAUAUUAGAUAUAAGAUUGCUUUGGGUUCAGCUGCAGGCUUACACUAUCUUCAUGAAGGUUGUCAAAGGAGAAUAAUCCAUCGAGACAUUAAAUCUGCUAACAUACUACUUACGGAAGAUUUUGAAGCACAGAUUUCGGAUUUUGGACUUGCAAAGUGGCUUCCAGAUCAAUGGACACACCACACUGUGUCUAAGUUCGAAGGGACAUUCGGAUACCUUCCUCCCGAGUUUUUCAUGCACGGCAUAGUUGAUGAAAAAACCGAUGUAUAUGCUUAUGGGGUUCUAUUGCUGGAACUUAUCACCGGUCGCUUGGCUCUUGAUAAUACUCAGAAAAGCCUUGUUAUGUGGGCCAAGCCUUUUCUUGACAAGAGGGAAUUAAGAGAUCUUAUUGACCCAUGUCUCGGUGAUGGCUACGACAAGGACCAAAUAAAACUCGUGGCCAUGAUCGCCAAUAUGUGCAUUCAUCAGUCCUCUAUCGAACGACCUCAAAUGAACAAGGUUUUACAGAUCUUGGAAGGUGGAACUAACGCUGCCGAACUAACUAAACUGAUCCAAAAACCUUCCCUUAGAAGAACAUACUCGGUGGAGCUUUUUGAUGCCGAAGAGUACAACUCGACCAAAUACUUGAGUGACGUUGAUCAACUCAUGCAAAUCGCACUGGAGCUUUGAGAUAAGAUUGUUGUAUCCUAUAUCGUCAUUGCUGUCUUAUUUGCCUGGAACCCAACAGUCAGAAAUUGCAUCCCGACAAAUUAUAUUUCAAACCCGAUUCCAACACAAGCUAUGUCCCGAAAGAUAUUCUCGUGAGGGUGCAGUGCGAUUGACAUGUAAGUGUACAGACUACUGCUGACAGCUCUUGAAUAUACUACCAGGUUGUUCAUGUAUACAAAUAUCUAAAAGGGGUGAAAGGAAAAUUUUAUUAAGUGGAUUUGUUUGUCCAUAAUCUUAAAGGCUGUUUUCUGAGAUGAUGUUGGUAUAGAGAAAAAUGCAAGAUGUACGUUCUAUCAUUCUGUACUGUGUUUUAACUAUAAAGCAUAUGAUCAUAUAUAUAUAUAUAUAUAGUACUCCAUCUGUCCCCGUGAAAUAGCAUCUCAUUUUAUUAGGUGUAGUGUUAAUUUGUAAUCGAACAAUGAGACAAAACACAAGUGGGUUGAAGAUAUGAGUAGAUGAGAUGAAGUGAUCAGUGAAUAAGUUUGUGAACGAGAUUAACAGAACAGAAGUGGGACUGUUGUCGAAAAGGCAAAGGUGCGAAGUAAGUGGGGAAAUCUUAAACAGAAAUGAGAGCAAAUUCAUGGGGUCAGAGGUAGAUUUUAUGAUGGUGCACUUUUUUCGUGCAAGAUAGCAAAGUAGAGUCAUAAUCUUUACACGAGUUUUGUGUUUUCUUGUAUUCGAUUCGUGUUCC